AUGCGCAGACGAGUCUCCUGCCCUGUUCUGAGGCUCCCGCGGUCCAGCCUCGGGUUGCCUCGCUGCUCCUCACGUCUCCUCACCGCGCUUCGCGUCUACUCCUGGCUUCGCCGCACCGGACGAGUCAUGCCGCGCCUGCCCGUGCUCUGCCUGUUUCCUCGCCGCCGUGUGACCCUGGUGGUCCUGCAGCCUGGCCUGCGCAUGCCCCACUCGGAGCCUCCGCGUCAGCGCCCGAUGUCGACCAUUGAAGUGGCUGUUGCACUCCUGGUGUUUUUCACCGCCUUCUUGACCCCACGUGGCUACGUGCGGAGCGACCUGGACCAGUUCAGAAGAGAGUAG